CGUGACUCAAACCCACACUGAGCCCUCGCCGCAGCGUGGAUCCACACAGUCUGACUGCAGCUCACGUUUCACUUUUAUUCGACUGUUUUUGUGUUUGUCUUUACUAGUUUAGGAAGGAACACGAGCCUCUCCUACGGUCCACAGUCAUGUCCUCGGGCCCGUGCGUGUCCCUGAACACUGGAACCCACAUCCCCCUCCUGGGCCUGGGUACAUACAAGCUGGUGGGGGCAGAGAGCGUGUUCCAGGCUGUGGAUGCGGCGCUGGCUGCUGGGUACCGCUCCUUCGACAGUGCUGCUGUCUACCGCAAUGAGGCCGAUUUAGGACGAGCUCUGAAGGAGUUGCUGCCCAAGUAUGCGCUCACCAGAGAGGACGUGUUUAUAACCAGUAAAUUGGGACCUAAAGACCAGGGUGCGGGGGCCAUGGAGAGGGCUCUGCGGAGCCUGUCAGAAUUGGAUGUGGGAUGGAUUGACCUGUACCUGAUCCACUGGCCUGGCACACAGGGGCUGGAUGUGACGGACCAGAGGAACCCUAGCAACAGAGCAGCCAGCUGGGCUGCACUGGAGGAGCUGCACUCCCAGGGGAAGCUCAAGGCUAUUGGAGUGUCCAACUACACCCCCACCCACAUGAGGGAGCUCAUGAAGAGCAGCAAAGUGCCCCCUGCUGUGCUACAGGUUGAGUUCCACCCACGCUUGGCUCAGCCUGAGCUCCGGGCGCUGUGUUCUGAGUUUGGGGUGUUCUUCCAGGCGUACUCUUCUCUGGGGCAGGGGGAGCUGCUUACUGACCCUGUGGUGUUGGAGGUGGCCAAGACCUGCAGUCGGACCCCCGCACAGGUCCUCUUGCGCUGGGCUGUGCAGCAAAACAUUGGUGUUCUACCCAAGUCGUCCAGCCCUGAGCGAAUAAAGACCAACGCUGCCAUCUUUGACUUUUCCCUGAGUGAUGAGGACAUGUCCAAGCUGAGUGCUCUGGACUGUGGACAGCACUUCUGCUGGAACCCCUCACAUGUGCUCUGACCUCCACUGCACUUGGACUGGGACCAACAUGAGUUACAGUCUGUUUUACACUCUGCUCACCUAUUUCUGUUAUACAGUCGUGGUUAAUGUUGUUGGUACCCCUCUGGUAAUGAAAAAAAAUCUAAAAUUUGUACUGAAAUAACUUGAAACUAAGAAAAGCAAUAAUAAAUUUAAAAAAUCCUGAAAAAUAACCAAUGAAAAUCAGACACUGUUUUUGAAUUGUUGUUCAAUAGAAUAAUUAUUAAAAAAACAAACUAAUGAAACUGGCCUGUACAAAAAUGAUGGUACCUCUAAGAAAAGAUUGUAAGUAACUGAACAAUAGGGACAUGUUAAACUUAGGAGUGUCUCUAAUCUGCAUCACAGGUUCUUCAAACUUGUCCUCAGUCAGUCUGUCUGUUUAAAGGGGACAUGUGUCAUUGUGCUGUUUGGAGACAUGAUGGACACAACACUGAACAUGGACCAGAGAAAGAUAAGAAGAGAACUGUGUCAGGAGACUAGAAAGAAAAUGAGAGACAAGCAGGUUAAAGAUAAAGGCCAUAAGACCAUCUUCAAGUAGUUUGAUGUUCCUGUGAUUACAGUUACACAUGUUCUUCAGAAGUUUAAGGUCCACAGGACUGAAGACAAACUCCCUGGACGCGGCUGCAAAUUUAUGAGAAACUGAACAGAUUGGAUCAUACAAAUGGAACCAAAGAGUCCAAGGGGCAGGUACAUGAGUGUCAGAUCACACCAUCCAUCAGUGUUUGAACCAAAGUGGACUUCAUGUGAGGGCACCACUGUUGAGAGAAAAUCAUAAAAAAGUGAGACUGGAAUUUGUCACAAUGCAGAUUGAUAAGCCACUAAGCUUCUGGGAGAAUGUCCUUUGGACAGAUGAGACAAAACUGGAGCUCUCUGGCAAAACACAUCAGCUCUGUGUUCACAGACACAAAAAUGAAGCAGACCAAGAAAGGAACACUGUCCCUACUGUGAAACAUGGAGGAGGUUUGGUUUUGUUCUGGGGCUGUUUUGCUGCAUCUGGCACAGAGUGUCUUGAAUCUGUGCAAAAUACAACAGAAUCUCAAAACUAUCAAGAUAUUUUGGAACAAAAUGUGUUGCCUAGUGUCAGAAAGCUUGGUCUUGGUUGUAGGUCAUAGGUCUUUCAACAGGAUAAUGACCCAAAACACACAGCUAAAAACACCCAAGAAUGGCUAAGAACAAAACACUGGACUGUUCUGGAGUGUUCUUCUGUGGGCCCAGAUCUCAAUUCUAUUGAACAUGUGUGAAAGGAGCUGAAACAUGCUGUCUGAAGAAGGAACCCUUCAAACCUGAGACAACUAGAACAGUUUGCUCAUGAGAAAUGGGUCAAAAUACCAGUUGACCAGGGCAGAAGUGUCAUUGACAGUUACAGAAAUCAUUUGUUUACAGAGUUUGCAUCAAAAGGUUGUGUAACAAAAUAUUAAGUUAAGGGAACCAUAAUUUUUGUCCAGGCCAGUUUCAUUAUUUAGUUUUUUUCAGAUUAUUCUGUUGAACCACAGGUGAAAAACAAUGUUUGAUUUUUGUUGGACAAUUUUCAGUAAUUUUUUAUUUAUUAUUGCUUUUAUCAGUAUCAAAUUAUUUCAGUGAUGAUUGUUGAUUUUUCUUUCAUUGCCAGAGGGAACCAACUAUUUUGUCCAUGACUGUAAAUGACCUCUUCUCCAGCUAUGCUGAAACUGGAAAUUGGUUAUGAUUUUGGUUUUCCACACAAGUGUACUACUUGCCUGGUAAAUCAACAGUGCUAUCUUAAAAUUUUAUAUGGACAUCUGGUCUCCACUCCCUCCACUGUGUCUCAAGCCUGUCCAAAUGUGUCUCUCCCUAAUUCUACAGAAGUACACCUUGUUUUUUAGUCCCCUGGGAUAUUUUUUUCUGCUACAAACGCCCUAUGCAUGUCUCUGAUUGGCUUAUCCACCUGUCAAUCAUGGCCAUCUGCAAAGAGGGAGAUUCACCAGUACUGAGGAAGUGUGUAUUCUGGAUCCCAGGUAAUACUACUCACACUGCCUAAUAAAUGAGUGUUCUUUUAUACUGAA